GUUGGAUAAAAAGUCAUGCUGUUUGAAAAGGACAUUUUUUUCCCUAUGACUUGGACUGUAGUUAAUAGCAGAAAAUAGGUAAUAGAAACAUUAAUCUUUAAAAAAUUCUUAAAAUCAGCUUGUUUUGGUUUGCAGAUUUCAGAAAUGGAUAUUGGCUUAGCAGUCGGUGGUGCAUUUAUCUCUUCAGCUUUGAAUGUUUUAUUUGAUAGGCUUGCUCCUCAGGGUGAACUAUUCAAGAUGUUUCAGAAGCUGAGGAUGACUUUGCUUGGUCUUCAGGCUGUGCUAAGUGAUACACAGAAUAAGCAGGCGUCAAAUCCAUAUGUGAGUCAGUGGCUUAAUGAGCUGCAAGAUGCUGUGGACUGUGCUGAGAACUUAAUAGAAGAAGUCAAUUAUGAAGUUUUGAGAGUAAAGGUGGAAGAUCAGGGUCGAAAUCUUGGAGAAACAAGCAACCUGCAGGUAAGUUGUCAUCUCAGCUUGUCCUUGAGUGCUGAAUUUUUUCUUAACAUAAAAGAUAAGUUGGAAGAAACCAUUGAAACAUUGGAGGAUCUACAAAAGCAAAUUGGUUUCCUUGACAUGAAAUCGUGUCUUGAUUCGGGUAAACAAGAAACUAGAAAACCUUCAACUUCUGUGGUUGAUGAAGCUGAUAUCUUUGGUAGGAAAAAUGAAAUAGAAGAAUUGAUUGACUGUGUAUUGUCUGAGGAUGGAAAUGGAAAAAAUCUUACUGUAGUUCCUAUUGUUGGAAUGGGGGGUGUGGGCAAGACAACACUAGCUAAAGCUGUUUACAACGAUGAGAAGGUAAAGGACCAUUUUGGAUUGAAAGCUUGGAUUUGUGUGUCUGAAUCAUAUGACUCUGUCAGAAUAACAAAAGAGCUACUUCAAGAAAUUAGUUCUUUUGACUGUAUGGUUAAGAACACUCUUAAUCAACUUCAAAUCAAAUUGAAGGAAAGCUUGAAAGGCAAAAAGUUUCUUAUUGUUUUAGAUGAUGUCUGGAAUGACAACUAUGAGGAGUGGGAUGACUUGAGAAAUAUUUUUGUACAAGGAGAUAUAGGAAGUAAGAUCAUUGUGACGACACGCAAGGAGACUGUUUCCUUGAUGAUGAGUAGUCGGGCAAUCAAUGUUGGGACUCUGUCAAGUGAAGUCUCUUGGGCUUUAUUCAAACGGCAUUCAUUCGAAAACAGGGCUCCCGAGGAACAUCCAGAAUUUCAAGAGGUUGGAAAGCAAAUUGCACGCAAGUGCAAAGGAUUGCCAUUAUCUCUAAAGGCACUGGCUGGUAUUUUACGCUCCAAAGUAGAGUUGAAUGAGUGGAAAGACAUUUUAAGAAGUGAAAUAUGGGAGCUUCCAAGUCAUUCGAAUGGCAUCUUACCUGCAUUAAUGUUGAGCUACCGUGAUCUUCCAGCACAUCUGAAGCGGUGUUUUGCUUUUUGUGCAAUAUAUCCCAAAGAUUAUCUAUUUUGCAAAGAACAAGUUGUUCAGCUGUGGAUUGCUAAUGGUCUUGUACAGCAGUUGGCUUCAGGUAACCAAUACUUUCACGAGUUGAGAUCAAGAUCAUUGUUUGAAAGGGGUCGAGAGUGUUCUGAAUGGAAUUCGGAGGGAUUCCUAAUGCAUGACCUUGUCAAUGAUUUGGCCCAAAUUGCAUCUUCAAAUCUUUGUAUUAGAUUGGAAGACAUCCAAGGAUCUCAUAUGUUGGAACAAAGUCGGCACAUCUCUUAUUCAAUGGGCCAUGGUGACUUUGGAAUGUUGAAACCCCUCUACAAAUUGAAGCAGCUUAGGACAUUGCUUCCAAUCACUACCCUGUUCGGUUACUCAUUUAAGCUGAGCAAGAGGGUGCUGCAUGACAUAUUGCCCAGACUAACAUCCCUAAGGGCACUAUCCUUGUCUCAUUAUCAGAUCAAGGAAUUGCCAAAUGACUUGUUUAUCUAGUUAAAGCACCUAAGAUUUUUGGACCUUUCUUCGACAGAGAUUAAAAAGUUACCAGAUUCCAUUUGUGCAUUGUAUACCUUAGAGACACUUCUCUUGUCUUCUUGUAGAUAUCUUGAGGAGUUACCUCUGAAUCUGGAAAAGUUAAUCAACCUGCGUUACCUUGACAUUAGCUGCACCGCUUCUUCUCGCUUGAAGAUUUCGCUACAUCCAAGCAAGUUGAAAAGCCUCCAUGUGCUAGUCGGAGCUAAGUUUCUUCUAACUAGUUGCAGUGGUUUGAGAAUUGGAUAUUUGGGUGAACUACAAAACUUGUAUGGGGCUCUAUCGAUUCUAGAGUUGCAAAAUGUGGUUGAUAGAAGGGAAACUCAGAAGGCAAACAUGAGGGAAAAGGAACAUGUUAAAAGGUUAUCAUUGGAGUGGAACACAAGUAUUGCUGACAAUUCACAAACUGAAAGAGACAUACUUGAUGAGUUACACCCACACAACAACAUAGAAAAACUCCAAAUCAACGGAUAUAGAGGGACAAAAUUUCCGAACUGGCUUGCUGACCAAUCGUUUCUUAAGCUGGUGGGAUUGUCUCUUAGCAACUGCAAGGACUGUGAUUCCUUGCCAGCACUGGGACAACUUCCUUCUUUGAAAUUCCUUGCCAUUAGAGGGAUGCAUAGAAUAACAGAGGUGACUGAAGAAUUCUAUGGUAGUUCGUCCACCAAAAAGCCUUUUUACUCUCUUGAGAAGCUUGAAUUUGCAGAGAUGCCGGAGUGGAAGCAGUGGCAUGUACUAGGAAAUGGAGAGUUCCCUACACUUCAUGAAUUUUCCAUUAAAGGUUGCCCCAAGUUCAUUGGGAAAUUGCCUGAAAAUCUUCGUUCUCUGUCAGCAUUGAGGAUUUCAAAAUGCCCUGAACUCAUUUUGGAGACACCUAUCCAACUAUCAUGUUUAAAAUUGUUUAAAAUUGUUGGUUCACCUAAGGUUGGAGUACUUUUUGAUGAUGUUGAACUGUUCACAUCUCAACUUGAGGGAAUGAAGCAGAUUGUUGAAUUAUCUAUUACUGAUUGCAACUAUCUUACCUCCUUGCCUAUUAGCAGUGAUUUUACCAUGUUUCUGGAGAAAUUGAUACUAGUUGGAUGUGAUUCUAUAGAUGAGAUAUCACCUGAGUUGGUCCCAAGAGCACACACUUUGACCGUAAAGCGUUGUCACAGCCUUACUAGGCUUGUUAUUCCUGCUGGGAUUGAAAAUCUCUAUAUUAGGGAUUGUGAGAAUCUUGAAAUACUUUCGGUGGCAUGGGAGACUCAGAUGAUGUCAUUGCGUAUUAACAACUGCGAGAAUCUGAAGUCCCUGCCAGACCAUAUGCAUGAACUCUUUCCAUCUCUCAAGGAAAUGGAUCUGCAAAAUUGUCCAGAAAUAGAGUCCUUUCCUGAUGGAGGAUUGCCCUUGAAUUUAGAACUCCUUUGGAUCAACGAUUGCAAGAAACUGGUGAAUGGUCGAAAGGAGUGGUGUUUACAGACACUUCCUUGUCUCAGAGAGUUAUGCAUCUUCCAUGAUGGCAGUGACGAAGAGAUUCUGGCAAAUGAGAAUUGGGAGUUGCCUAGCUCUAUUCGAAACCUUUAUAUAUCCAAUCUGAAAACAUUAAGCAGCCAAGUUCUCAAAAGCCUCACCUCUCUUGAUUACCUAUAUGCUACUAAUUUACCUCAAGUUCAUUCACUGCUGGAAGGAGGACUUCCCUCGUCUCUUUCUGAGCUAGAAUUAUACCGCCAUCAUGACCUCCAUUCACUACCAACCGAAGGUCUUCAACGCCUGACAUCACUUCGACGUCUAGCGAUCUGGGAUUGCCCUAAUCUCCAGUCUCUUCCUGAAUCAGCGAUCCCCUCCUCCCUCUCUGUGCUGGCCAUUUCGUAUUGCCCUAACCUCCAAUCUCUUCCAGUAAAAAGCAUGCCCCCUUCCAUGUCUACAUUAUCUAUUUACGAGUGCCCGUUGCUCAAACCACUCCUAGAAUUUGACACGGGGGAUUAUUGGCCAAACAUUGCUCACAUUCCCACCAUAGAAAUCGAUUGGGAAUACCAGUAGAGAUUAAAAGAAAUGGCUCUCAGAUAAAUCACAAAGCGUAUAUUGUCACUAUGAAGCCGAGGAAUCAUCUUUCGAUUGGGAUGAAGUUAUUUUUAGAUGACGACAAAAGAGACUGGAAAUUAUUUGCCAUCAUGAAAGCUGUUAAAUGAGUUGUUCAAUCAAUUUGUGGAAUCACAUGGAAGUGCACAAAUGCUUGAAAAAUGAAAUCUCUAUUUCACAAUCAGGAGUUGUUCAAUCUCUGAGCUGCGUAUAUAUCAUUGACAUAAUCUCCAAUCACUUCCACAACCAUUGGAUUGUCCUCUUCCAUGUAUGAACUAUGUAUGUCCAACUGCCUGUUGCUCGAACCACAUCGAGAAUUUGAGAAGGGGGGAUUACUUGCCAAAAAUUGUUCGUAUUUCCUAGUUUAGACGACAAAAAGGAAGAGGUGUUUUGGAGGAACAGACAUUCCUCAACAAUAUUGGCAUAACCCAAAUUGCUCCCACAAAGCACAAUUUAUCACCCUUGAUCCCAAACAUAGCCACCUAGAUGGUGUUGAGCUGCUUUUCCCUGAGGUUCGUUUGCAUUUUGUCCACCGGCCAUUUGAUAAUUGUGAUUCCGGGCCAUUCAUGACACUUUGUUCCCCAUUUCACCUCUCUUCCACAUAGAUAAAGGGUCCAAAGGAACACAACCUCAUUUUCUCAGUCAGGUAGGCAAAGCCCUGAACUACAUCAAGCUUGAAAGUUAAAGAAAUUCGAAAAGACUUCCAAUAUCUUCUUCCAUUAUUUAAGCAAUGUUAUAUCACAUUGAUUUCAAGUUUGAUAUGACUGCAUUUGAUAUCACAUACUGAGAUUUUGUCAAUUGUCAGUAUUUGGAUCUUUAUCUUGAUAGAUCAAACAUCACUUUUUUCAGUAUUUGGAUCUGUAGCACAAUGGUUAAAACAUCAGUUUCUUGUUUUGAAUAUUCCGAGAUUUGAAUCAGAAGAUAUAAACAGUAAGCUGAUGAUUUUGAAGAUUAUGAAGUUUCCUUCAAAUUAUUUCGGCAUAAUCUAUAAACAUGGCCUUUAACUUGACCUUAGAUCACAUCUAUGACCUCCAACUUUGGGUGUGCACAAGUACACUUAAACUUGUAUAAGGUUGAACAAGUAGACACAAGUCCUAUGUGGCAUAAUAUAUAGGACGCCAUGUAGGACAAGAAUCGGCCAUGUUGGAUGCAACAUAGGACAUAUGUGUCUACUUGAUCAACUCUAUACAAGUUUAAGUGUCUACUUGUGCACACCCAAAGUUGGAGGUCAUAGAUGAGGCCAAGUUAAAGGGCAUGCUUAUGUAUUCUAUUACUCGGCCUCGAGUCGGACCUCAGAACUAGGGGAAAGGCAAGGAAGUGUAUCCUACUCGGAAUGAAUUCAAGGUUUCCGGUAACAUUUUGUAAGCUAUUCCAGCUUCUUUUGCCAGUUGUGUUGAAAUAGACAAAUAUCAGCUCAGCUGUGAUUUAUCAGCAGUGUGUAGGUGAAGAAAGGUAAACAUGUCGACCGUGAGAGUUCCUUAUAGCUCUAUGUCUGAAUGUGCUCCUCAGACUAAAGAAAAAAGGGUUUAAAAUGUUUGAAUUGAAAGACCGCGAGAGUUCCUUUAGCUGUAGCUGCUUGUAAGCUGCCGGAUUGAGUUACUUGCGACCUGCCUGCUUUCAUUACUUGCGUGCAACAUGUCUACUUGAGCUACUUGCGAGCGGUUUGUCUGAUUGCAAGCCUGAGGAAGCUGCUGCAAGGCUUUUCAGCAAGCUGCCUACUUGAGUUACUGGCAACUUGCUUAGUUUCAAGCUUAUUCAGAAAGCUGCAUAAGCCUAUUCGAAAGUUGUGUAAUAUAUUUUUACGGCAUAAUACAUAAAUGUGUCCUUUAACUUGGCUUUAACUUUCAUCUAUGCGCUCCAACUUUGGGUGUGCACAAGUAGACACUUAAACGUAUAUAAAGUUGAACAAGAAGACACAUGCAUCCUACGUGGCAUUCUACGUGGCCAAUUCAUGUCCCACAUGGCAUCCUACAUGUAUUAUGUCACAUAGGAUGCAUGUGUUACUUGUUCAACACUAUACAAGUUUAGGUGACAUUCAAAAUUGGAGGUUAUAAAUGUGAACUGAGACCAAAUUAAAGAACAUGCUUAUGUAUUAUGCCUAUUUUUAUUCCACCUUAUAUUCCGUACGAGUUAAACAAAAACUAUCUGCAUAAAUUAAUGUGUUAUUUGACACAUUAACUAAACGGUAUAAGUAUUAAGUAAUGCAGAAAUCUAUUUUAUGCA